AUGGCGCCAUCCAGAUGCGCCCACGAAAUAUCACAAAACAAGAAAUUGGAGAGGAUUCAAAAGCUGAUCAGCUUCAUAAAGGCAGCCGGAAGACAACAAGUAAGAAAAAUGUCAUGGUUAAUCAUGGCCUAACAUUACGUCAAUGUAGAAUCUUUGAAGAUUACAUUCAAAGUAAUAUUACAGCACACAGCCAAGCUAACCGAAGUCUGGGCCAUCCCCCAAUGCUCGAUUACAGAUGUCAGAAUCUUGUUCGUGGUGGGGGCUGACCCCUCGGCGCUGUAUGAGAAUGAAUACGGGGAGAAAGUACUGGCUGAUCGGAUGGAAAAUGGCUCCAUUUGUUCAUUGUGCGGUAAGAAAUACCGGGAAUUCCUCCAAUUCGCCCGACAGAUUCAUCAAGCGCAAUAUGGAAAAGUAAGUUUCAUAUGUGUAUGUAAUUUUGGUCGUAUUUUAAAAAAAAUAUUUUUGUCAUUUUGAUGACUUUACUCCAGAAUCUCGAUGCAAAUAAAGGGGAAGAAAUAUUAAAGUGAGGAAAGAGUUUUAGCACUUUUCUUCGGAAUGACCGGUGCGAUCUUAUUUCUUUACUCUGCAAUACAAAUUCCAAUUCCAGAUUCCUUUGAAAAUCAAGAAACCGACCAAACCAAUUGGUCAAGAACAUGGCCUAGUUACAGUAGCCUUGGAUGGGGGUGGGAUGAGAGGACUGGUCUCCAUUGUUUGCAUGUUAUUCACCUCCAGAAGGAUCCUCGGCGACGAAUCCUUCCCGAAUCUGGUCGAUUGGUGGGUGGGAUGUUCCACUGGAUCCAUGCUGGCCUUGGCCUUGGCCAAGGGAAACUCUCUCAUUGACACCUUCUUCCUUUAUUGGGAGAUGAAAAACGAGAUUUUCCUUGAUAAAUCAACCAUGAAAAGAUUAUUUGGGAAUGUAAUCGACAAACAAGUACGUAUUCCUCAGGUUGUACUUACAAUUACUGACAACAAAUUAUUUUUCCGAAUUCGAUUUAUUCUGUUUACACCGUUAUUUUAGUCAGUACGAGUCGACAAUGUUCUCAACCGAGUAUUUGAUAAUGAAAACGACACAUUCCUUAACUCUCCUUUAAGACUUACAGUGCCUGCUUUGGAUAUCACAACUACCCCCGGGAGGUUGCAUGUAUUUAGGAACUAUCCCACCAAAGGGAAUAUGAUUGAAGAUGUCCAUUUCAAAGACGCUGCGAGAGCUAGCAGGUGGUUGUUUGAGAACUUACUUUGCAAAAAAUCGUAUUCGUGGACUUCUAAAACUAUUCUAUUACAGCGCGGCUCCCACUUACUUCCACCCUCAUACAAUGGGUGCCCGGAAACUAGUGGACGGAUCUUUGGUGGCUAAUUGCCCUCUGGGCAUUUUGUUCGGAGUAAGUUAAAUUUAACGGAAUGAUGACUGAAACUGCAGGAGUAUGACAAAUGCCUGCAGACCGGUGACAAGCUCAAAUUGGGUUGCGUGAUCUCUAUUGGGACCGGAGAACCGGCCGAAACCAAACGACGGUACAAGAGCGGGUCCUCCUUGAGUCAUCGAAGCCGUCAUCUCCGAGAUAUGGCUGUACUGCUUAUAGAGCAGGUUGUCGGAUACGAGAGAUCGGUCGUCGACUGUGCCAAGGACCGUUGUUUAGCCGCAGGCAUUCCUUUCUUCCGAAUAUGCCCGGUGGGUAUUGAUGUGAAGAUCGAUCAGAUUAACGAUGGCGUCUUGAUGGAUAUGAUCUGGGAGACUUUAUUGCAUCUCCUCCGGAAUUGUGAACAGGUCGAUGAAUUGGGCCAGAGCUUGGCCAAAUUGUGUAAUUCCCCGUCAAAUCCAACUCCCCGGAGGGCUCGAAGGGGGCAUUCGGUAGAACCCCCAAUGAGAUUGUGCUAG